AUGUCCCAGUUUGAUUGUAUAAGCUCUGAUGCAGAAGAUAAUAUUGAAAAUGUGCAUUAUAUUUCAGACAAAGAUCUUGGCUUUGAUGCUGAUAAUUACAUAAAUAAUUUUGAAAAUGAAACUGCAGAAGCUAGUGAAAAUGUAAACGAGAUAGUAGAUGAAAGCCUCACUGAUAAUGCUGAAGAUAACUCGAAUGGGCUUGUUGUUCUUCACCCGGAUCAUCCCUUGAUGAAAAGAUUUCAAGAUGCCUUGCAAAAAAUGUUAAAAGAACACCUAUCGAAAGCAGAGCUGGAGCUUAAGGAAAAGUCUGAGGACUUAAAACGUUCGAAAACUAUUCAUCUUGAAUUAGGGUCUGAAUUGUAUAAUGCUCAGCAGGAACUAUCAAAAUUUCAGGGACAGCUGCAGAAGAAGCGUGAGGAGCAUAUCGAAUGUCAAGCUAAACGUGAAAAAAUGGACGAGUUGUUGGUUACCUUGCGCCAACAGUUCAAGAAGACCCAAGAGGAGUAUGAUAUUGAGUGCAAAAAAAUGACUAAGAUGAGGGAGGAAGUUGAUAACCUUGCUCUUCGUCUAUUUUAUUUAAAUAAUGCUAAAUUAGAGGUUAAGAGUGAUAUAAGCAUUAUGAAAAGAGCUGCAGAGAAAGUAACCACAGAGUUGACAAAGGCUGAGGAAGUAAAACUUCAUCAAGAUAUGAUUGCUCAUCGAAUGCAACGGACUGUGGAUCAACUAAUGGAGGAUGUUGAACUCCUGAAAGAGCAGGUUAUAGCUGCAGAGGAGGAAUUACGUUCAGGUGAAGUUGUUUUGAAGAAUAUGGAAAGUCAAGUCAUGGGUAUUAAAGCUGAUCGCAAAAGGCUCAUGUCUCAUUGGACUACUAGUUUGAUUGGACUUCAACGCAGAAAUGAAGCCUAUGCGGAGCUAAUGCAGGAUUUCCAGAAAAAGCAGGAUGAAUUGACACUAGUGAACGCAGAGACAGAGGGGAUAAAGAAGGAUAUUACAAAAGAGCAGGAGAAGCAUGAACGCCUGACCCUUCAGCUUCAUCGCACACAGGGUGAUAUUGUAGCCUCUCAAAGGGAACUGGAACGACUCAAAACUCGUCAUGAUGAAAUAAGAGCCGAGUACGCUCAAACACAGCGCAUUAUUGAGGAAACUGAACGAAAUCUUGAAAACGCAAAUACGGUAGGCUCACUUUAUUGA